CUUCUUUUCUAGGCCGAUAAAAAGCUCAUAGAAGACUACCAAACACAAAUGCGCGAUCUCCAGCAAAAACUGGAAAGCGUGGAGAACGCCAUGAAGAAGAAGGAUGAGGAGAUGUCUAGUGCAUUGGAUACCGAGCGGGCCCGUGCGACUGCUGCCGACCUCGACAAGAAGGAGCUGGUCGACCUACGACUCGAUUUAGAGAAUAAGCUGGCGGAGGCUCAAGGUUUAAACAACAACUUGAAGCAAGAGUUGGACCGCAUGAGGCAAGAACAGGAUCAGAUAAGGAACGCAUACGCCACGGAGGCCCGACAAUUGAGAGAUGAGUUGGAGGAGUUGAGACAGUCCAGCAUGGCGGAUAUGGCAGUCUCUCAGUCGGCGAGCCAUGCACCUUCCGACUCGGAAUUGCAGCAAGAAAACGAGCAACUACGGAUGGCACUGGAAGAACAGCGGCGGGUGACGGAUGAGGCUCGCAGAGAAGCACGGGAGUUUUUGAAGGAGAUGAAGAUGCUAUCGCAACAGAGCAACUCGACAUGGGAAAGGCAAAGCGAGCUGGAAAAGACAAUCGAGAACCUGGAACACGAAGUGCGGGAUUGGAGAAACCGCUAUGCUCGCACCAAGACGCAGUUGCGAAAUUUCCGGGCGUCGUCUCUGGGCCUCACCAUCGACCAGGACGCCGGUAAAUACGUGAGGGAUAAGGGCUUCACCGAGGACAACGGACUCGUCAAGGAUGUCCACGUCACAAAGUUCCAGAUCUCCGUCGACGAGCUCCUACAGCGGGCACGGUCCGAUAACCCCGACAAGGUCAUCGAUGCCAUGAAACAUGUUGUGGUCAGUGUCCGGCGGAUCACGAAGGAUAUUGACGAGUCUGGGCCAAGCGACGAAGCCUCGGUUCAACAGCGGGCCAAGCUGAAGAGCAAGGUCUCGUCCACAGCGAACAACUUCAUCACGGCGUCCAAGAACUUCGCUGCGGCGGCAGGCAUUUCGCCCGUCUCGUUGCUGGACGCCGCCGCCUCCCAUCUCGUGGCUGCUGUGGUUGAGCUGCUCCGAACCGUCAAGAUCCGCGCCACCCCGGCUGGUGAGCUGGAGGACGACGACGACGGAACCAUCACGCCCGUCGACUCGACCGGGUUCUUUUCUCCCCGUGCCAAUUCUGUUCAACAGCCCCCCCCACAACAGCAACAACAACAACAACAACAACAACAACAAGACGCGAUCCCCCCACCUCGGCCCUUUCAGGGCCUAGGCGGUAUCAGGGCCAGUGCGGACUCUUCGGCCUACAGUCCCGUGAGCUCCCCGCGUCAAUCUGUCGGCCCCUACGGUCGCCGCCCCGCGUCCCGGGAGACCAACGGAAUGACCAACGGCAUGGCGUAUAUGGGGCUGAACAAGAACGUCGCCAACGGGUCAGGACACGGCUACGAUGCCUCGGGGGACAACAAGCGUAACGAGGACCUCAAGAUUUACCUGGAGGACCAAACGGCGAUCCUUGUCCAGACCAUUCAAAACCUGGUCAACUCCAUCCGAAGCGAUGCGACGAUCGACCAAAUCAGUGCGGAAAUCGGCGGCAUCGCGGGAGUCGUGGGCAACGUGGUUGCCGAGACCGAGCGAUCGGGCAACGGCGACCUGACGGCCCGGCUGGCUACUUGCCGCGACACGCUGCUGGAAGCGGGUGACCGCGGCCACGAGCUCGCCUCCGCCUCCGGCGGCUCCUCCGGCUCCAACGACCGGGACUGGAGGAUGUGGACGCAGACGCUCCCGCCGAUUGCGUUUGAGAUUGCCAGGGAGACGAAGGAGCUCGUGCAGAGAGUUGAUCGCCUCGUCCUGGGCGGCGGCGGCGCAGACGACUUUUCAUAAGCGGUUUGCCAAAUACCUAGGCUUGGGGGCUACCUGACUGAAGGGACCUACCUCAUCCCAUGGCAGACCCAAGUCUUGUUUUGCUGUCCGGAUACCAGUACAUCUUUUUUUGGCGCAUUGUGAUAUAUAUGUUGAUCAAAUGAACAUGGAGCAGUCAGCGUGCUCUGGGAUUUUCGGGCGUUGACGUCGGCAGGGAUGCCGGUAGGACCG